AUGGAGGAGGAAGCCGGGGAGGAACUGGGGCUGGACAGGUCUUCUCCCGGGGACUUCCACUUUUAUCACGCGGAUCUGUAUGACCCUGAAGACAGGCUGCAGAUCUUCCCAGAUCCAAACGUUAGGAUGAGGAGGGAAGUAGUCCAGGCUGAAAUGAGCCAUGAGCCAAGAGGGGCAGGGGAUGGUAAGGUUCAAAGAGACCUUCAAGAGGAAGUGGAUGAACUUGUCCACUUAUACGGACUUGAAGACGAUCACGAGUUAGGGGAUGAGUUUGUUGAUGAAAACUUGCCCGGGAUGGGGGUUUCAGAGUAUCCUCCUCAUAUGAUGAAGAGGAGAGACCCAGCCAGGGAGCAGAGAGACUGGAGACUUACCAGAGAGGUGGCAGAGGCCGAGGACCUGGGCCUCGGAGGGUGGGGCUCGGCAGGUCAGUGCCAGGACCUGCGGGAAGCCUACAGGUACGCACACGGCCGAGCCAGUGAGGAGUACGAAUGCUACGUCAUCCCGGAAGAGGAGGAUGAGGAGGAAGCUGUUGAUGUCUUCUGUGUCACUUGCAAAACUCCAAUAAGAGCUUUUCAGAAGGUUUUUGAUGAACACAAGGAGCAUGAAGUGAUCCCCCUCAAUAAAGCCCUGGAAAGUGCCAAGGAUGAAAUUCACAAAAACAUGUACAAAUUGGAAAAGCAGAUUCUCGAGAUGGAAAACUUUGCCAACCACUUGGAGGAGGUUUUCAUCACGGUGGAGGAGAAUUUUGGAAAACAAGAACAAAAUUUUGAGUCACAUUACAAUGAAAUCUUGGAAACACUUGCUCAGAAAUAUGAAGAAAAAAUACAAGCUCUAGGGGAGAAAAAGAAAGAGAAGCUGGAAGCCUUAUACGGACAGCUGGUCAGCUGUGGAGAAAACCUGGACACCUGCAAAGAACUGAUGGAAACGAUAGAGGAGAUGUGUCACGAGGAGAAGGUUGACUUCAUAAAGGAUGCGGUGCUGAUGGCCGACAGACUCGGGAAAUUCCUGAAAACAAAAACCGAUGUGGAAAUCUCCGCGCAGCCUGACUUUGAAGACCAGACCUUGGACUUCUCUGACGUAGAGCAGCUCAUGGGCUCCAUUAAUGCCGUUCCAGCUCCUUCUGCUCCAGUGAUAAAUCCACAGGCCCCCAACUCAGCCACGGGUUCCUCAGUCCGAGUGUGCUGGAGCUUGUACUCCGAUGACACCGUGGAGAGCUACCAGCUGUCCUACCGGCCAGUGCGGGACAGCUCACCUGGGAAGGACCAAGCAGAGUUUACCGUGACCGUCAAAGAAACAUAUUGCUCAGUGAUGAAACUUGUGCCAAAUACUCAGUAUGAAUUUUGGGUGACAGCUCAUAACAGGGCUGGCCCCAGCCCCCCCAGUGAGCGUGCGGUAUACAUGACAGCGCCUUCGCCCCCCAUCAUAAAAACCGAUGAGAUAAGGAGCUGCGAAGAGGCUGCACUGGUUUGCUGGGAGUCUGGAAACCUGAACCCCGUGGACUCGUACACCCUGGAGCUGACCCGGGCGGCAGGGCCAGAGGCCCCCGGCGUAACUGAGUCCGUUGUGGGCAUCCCGACCUGCGAGUCCCUGGUGCAGCUGCAGCCCGGGCAAAGCUACCUGAUCUACGUGCGAGCCCUCAACGUGGGGGGCCCCAGCGCCAGGAGUCAGCCUGCAACAGUCCACACCGCAGGAAGCUACUUUCACCUAAACAAGGACACCUGCCAUCCCUGGCUGACCGUUUCUGAAGAUGGGCUUACAGUCGCCCGGAGCGAAAGGAAAACCCCUGCGAGGGAGCCACGACCCAGCGACGGCCGGUUUACCAGGUGUGUUGCUGUCCUGGGAAAUCUAAUUCCAGUCCGAGGGCGCCAUUACUGGGAAGUGGAGGUGGAUGAGUGUUUGGACUACACAGUUGGUGUGGCCUUUGAAGAUGUCCCUAAACAGGAGGACCUAGGAGCAAACUGCCUUUCCUGGUGCAUGAGGCACACAUUUGCAUCAUCGAGGCAUAAGUAUGAAUUUCUGCACAACAGAACAACUCCAGAUAUAAGAAUAACAGUUCCCCCAGAGAAGAUUGGCAUUCUGUUAGACUAUGAAAAUUCAAAGUUGUCAUUUUUCAAUGUGGACAUUUCUCAGCAUCUAUACACAUUCAAAUGUCAGCUUCACCAGUUUGUACAUCCCUGUUUUUCUUUGGAAAAGCCCGGGUUUCUGAAGAUAUAUAAUGGCAUUUCAAUGCCAAAGCAUGUCACUUUCUGA